AUGUGUGGGGGGCGUCAAGUCAAUACAAAUCGCUCUCUCGAGUGUUCUCAACAUUGCCUCCACGCACUCUACGCACUAAAGUUCACAUCAAUUAGUUAUUCUCGACAUCUUGGAAAGAAAACAUUCAGCCCCAUCUUCAACGAAGAGAAAUUAAACGGACCAACCAUGCUGAAGAAGAGCUACUUCCACCAACCAGGAAACAUUGCGUAUUCCUAUGAAACCAUUCCGGAACGGAUACAGAAGCUAGCAGAAGAAAAACCUGACAAAAUAGCCAUGGUGAUGUACCACAGCAAAGAUGAACGAUAUGAAAUCACCAGAAAGGAACUCUACGACAGGUCCGUCAAAUUUGCGCGCUGUCUUCUUAAACUAGGCAUUAAGAAAGGCGACCCCGUAGCCUACUGUGUCUCCAAUUGCAUCAACUGGAUGACGUACGACGUGGGUAUCUUGAUGGCAGGGGGAAUUUCAGUUCAUCUGCUUCUUGGUGCCGCCGAUAUCAGCAAGGCUCUUGACAAAUGCACUUUUAUCAUUCUAGAUGCCAAAGAGAACUGGGAUGAUUUAUUGUCUGUAGCUAAAAUUCACCCAGGUGGUAAAAUCACUAGCGACACAUGCCCUUCUUUGAAAAUCGCUAUUGCUGUCUCAUCUGACAGUAGGCCCGCUAACGUACUUCAGGCAUCGGAACUAAUUGCUGAAAUCAAUGCCAAGGAUGAUGGAAGCUUUUUAGAAUUCCCUGUGUUGGAUCCUGAGGAUACUGCUUUCAUAUGUCUGACAUCUGGAACAACAGGCACUCCUAAAAAGAUCCAUCACUCUCAUUUUAACGUCCUUAACUGUACUGCUACUCACGAUGAAGACGUAAAUAUCACUUGCGACGAUGUGAUAUACAACAGCCGUCCCAUGGCCUAUAUUGGCGGCUAUCCAUUUUGCUAUUUAAAUACAGGUACGAGGUUCGUUAGCGGUGACACUAUAUUUUUGAGUGAGCCCGAAAAUUUCGAAACAGUUGUCGAUAUCUGGCGAAAGGAAGGCUGCACUUUUGUAGGCCUCGCUCCAAAGGAACUCUACGACAGGUCCGUCAAAUUUGCGCGCUGUCUUCUUAAAUUAGGCAUUAAGAAAGGCGACCGUGUAGCCUACUGUGUCUCCAACUGCAUCAACUGGAUGACGUACGACGUGGGUAUCAUGAUGGCAGGGGGUACUUCCGUCCAUCUGCUUCUUGGUGCCGCCGAUAUCAGCAAGGCUCUUGACAAAUGCACUUUUAUCAUUCUAGAUGCCAAAGAGCACUGGGAUGAUUUAUUAAAGGAUCUGUACGUGAAAUCCUUGAGAUUUGCUCAAGUCCUUAACAAGCUGGGAAUCAAUAAAGGCGAUCGUGUCGCCUACUGCGUGUCCAAUUGCAUCGACUGGAUGGUUUAUGAUGUGGGUAUCAUGAUGGCAGGGGCUGUUUCCGUCCAUUUGCUUAUGGGUUCCGCCGAUGUCAAAGUUACUCUCUCGGGUUGCGUCAUGGUUAUUCUAGACUCUAAAGAACGGUGGAACGAUUUCGUGGGCGUAGCUGAAAUCCUCCCAGGGGGAAAAGUGAGCUGCAAUGAAUGUCCCACUUUGAAACUAGCAAUGGCUGUGGAUCCAGAGUGUCGGCCAGACAAUGCCCUUCUGGCAUCCGAGUUGAUGGCUGAAAUUGAAGAUGCUAAGUACGUUAAGGGUCCACAAUUACCAGUUUUGGAUCCUGAUGAUAUUGCCCUUGUGAACCAGACAUCGGGAACGACUGGAACCCCGAAAAAAGUCUGUCACACACAUUUCGGCAUCGUCAACAACUUGACGAUAUACAAUGUAAUCUCCGGAUUUCAUGCUGACGACGUGAUUUACAAUAACCGUCCGAUGGCGUAUACCGUAGGGUAUCCAUUAAAUUAUAUUGGGACCGGAACCACCACUGUCACUGGGGACGUGAGGUUUCUAAACGACCCAGCAAAUAACGAUUUCCUGGUGGGUAUCUGGAAAAAAGAAGGCUGCACUUUGGUCUACAUGCAGCCGCAGAUUAUAAAGUCUAUCCGUGAUUAUGGUUUUCGGACCAAAUAUUUGCUUUCGACCGGCGAUACAAUUACUGAACAAAUGAUCCGACAUUCUUUCCUUCUCACCAAUGCCUUCUGUUUAAUUUACGGGAGCACAGAAACUCUGAUAUCUACCCAUAGAAUAUUUACACAGGAAAAUAUUACCGAGCACGAAAAGGGAAUGCUUGGGGUUCCUUUACCAGGGAUGGAGAUGAAGAUUAUCGACGAAAAGGAAGAAGUGGUUGACAUAGAUUUCUUUUCCUUUUUUUUAUAUUUCUUUUUCUUUUUAUCUUCUUUUUUAUCCUCUUCUCCUUGUUGGGCAGAAGGUUGGUUUGUUAAAGUGAAUUUCUUUUUGUUUCCAUUCCUUCUUUCUCUUUUCCUCUUGUCUAGGGAUUGGGAUUGA